CCUGAAUGACAACCACCACCGGUCGGAACCUAGUAGUAAAAUGACCGUCUUCUACCGCCUAAAACUGCCCAGCCAAGCGCCGCGCGGCUGUGUUGAUUUUGUGACGAUCGGCCCCAAAAAUAACUUCCCCAUUUACAUAACGUGACUGCCUGUCUCGACUUUCUUUUUUUUGGUAAUUUCUUUCUCUUGACGUCUCUCAAUUCCCCUCUUCAAUCAACCACCAACCGUCUGUCCAUUCCGUCCUAUUUUCCUCGAGCAGCCCCAAUUUCCACCCGCUAGCGCCGAACUUGCACUACUCCCACGAUCCUCGCCGGACAGACGUUGAUCGUCACCCCCAUUCUUUGAUCCCGCAUCCCGCAAUCUCGGCAGGUGCCCCAGGAUGGCUGCCAACGAAUACUACCAUGCGAACAUCCCCAAUCCGCCCAGCUACGAUCAAGUGACUGGUGGACAUACCGGACAACCCUCCCAACUCAACACCAACACCCCUGGUUACGGCUUCCAGGGCCACAGUCCCGUGAGCUCCAAUAGCCACCACAACGAUCCAUCCGCCCCCUAUCACAACCGUGAAAGUCAACAUUCACUACAAUCAGAUGGUGGAGCAUACCAGACGUCUGGGCGGGUCGCAGAUGGCGACCACUAUGCAGAGAAUAUCCCACUGAAGGCGCAGACACAGUUUGGGAAUAACCCGGAAUGGAUGCACCAGCAGACACAAUACCCGCCUCCGUCGCCAGGGGCUCUGGAAGACCGGCGGCGAGGAGAUAAUCGGAAUAAGAAGGGCUUCCUCCGGAAGAAGCCUGCGUGGGUGACCUGGACCUUGACAUUGGCGCAAGUCAUCGUUUUUAUCGUGGAACUGGUGAAGAAUGGUAUUUUGACCGGAUCGCCGAUUGAGACCAAGCCCUCGUUCAACGUCAUGAUCGGUCCAUCGCCAUAUGUCCAAAUCUACAUGGGCGCUCGAUACGACCCCUGCAUGAAGAAUAUUCCCGGUGUCCAAAAUUCUAGCGUGGCUAUCAGCUGGCCCUGUCCUAACAGCACCACCAGCACAGGUGACUGCACUCUCUCGGAAUUAUGUGGGUUUAAUGGUGUCCCAAACCCCAAGGUAGGCGGUUCACUCGAUGACCAGCCCGAGCCCAACCAGUGGUUCCGCUUUAUUGUCCCCAUUUUCUUGCACGGUGGUUUCAUCCAUAUCGGCUUCAAUCUCCUGGUGCAAUUAACCAUGGGCGCGGACAUGGAACGCAUGAUUGGAAUGUGGCGGUACACCCUGACCUACUUCGCCAGCGGUAUCUUCGGUUACGUCUUUGGUGGAAACUAUGCCUCGCAACUGGAGCCAAGUACCGGGUGCUCCGGUGCGUUAUUUGGUAUCAUGGCUCUUGUCCUCCUAGACCUGCUAUACGACUGGCCCCAACGUGAAUCGCCGUGGGUGGAGUUACUCAUCAUGGUCUUGGGAGUAGCCGUUUCCUUCGUCCUCGGCCUGCUUCCAGGUCUGGACAACUUCUCCCAUAUUGGCGGAUUCAUUAUGGGUCUGGCCAUGGGUUUGUCUAUCCUACGCUCGCCCAAUUCCCUACGCGAGCGCAUUGGGCUCGCUCGCCAGCCCUACGUCGCCAUGAGCGGCGGCGCCGGAGCCGACCCUGCCGACAAGCGGAAAACCACUUCCAUCAUGGACUUCUUUAAGAGCAAGGGCAAUAUGGUCUCGUCUUCUAGCGGAGUGGGCGAGUCCAAAGGCCCGCUCCACUUCUUCAAGGGCCGCAAGCCUCUGUGGUGGGCCUGGUGGCUGGUGCGCGCUGGUGCAUUAGUCGCGGUGCUUGUUGGAUUUAUCUUGUUGAUUGUUGAUUUCUACAAAUACCCUUCGUCAAAUUGCUCCUGGUGUUACCGGUUGAGUUGCCUGCCCGUCAAUGGCUGGUGCGACCAGAAUACUCUGCAGAGCUCGGAGACGACUACGAGCACUUAAAUGGGGUGCAUUUUGCAUUACUUAUCGGUUUCUUAUUUUACUCAGCCGCUUGCUGCCGGCGCUGACUAGAGUUAAGAUAUGCAUUAUCUGUAAAUAGAGCGCGCGGAUGCGUGCAAUAUACUCCAUUUAUCUCCAUGAACGAUUUUCUGCGUCCCUUUUCUCUCAGUCUCUUGUAACCCCUCG